CGCGCAUGUGCAGACUAUGCAUAAAUGUAAACUGUAGCUUAAAGAAGAAAAUGCCGUUGUUUUGUAAUAACAGAGUGUAAUUACAGUUAUAUAAACACAGUGACAAAAUUAAUUCUGUUAUGUUGUGCAAUUAAUAACUUGAAUUAUAAAAAAUAUCGUAUAAUUGCAUAGGAAUAGAAAUAUCAUCAUUUUAUUGACCAUAAUUUUUAUAGUACUUAUAAAAUAAAAAAAUGUCAUUCCGAGGUCGUGGUGGUGGCGGCGGAUUUGGUAAAGGGGGAGGUCGUGGUGGAAGAGGUGGAGGAGGAUUCCGAGGAAGCCGUGGUGGCGAUAGAGGUGGAAGAGGAUAUGAUCAAGGUCCACCAGAACAAGUGACUCCAUUAGGACAUUUUACAUGGACGGUUCAAGAUGACUUAGUUGCUAAAGUAGAUAUAGAACAAGUACCCUUCUUUAAUGCUCCAAUUUAUACAGAAAACAAACAACAAAUUGGGAAAAUAGAUGAAAUAUUUGGCAACAUUAGAGAUUACUACGUGUCUAUAAAAUUAUCUGAAAAUAUAAAGGCAUCCAGUUUUCAAAAGGAUGCACAGCUAUUCAUAGAUCCAGCUAAGUUGUUACCUUUACAAAGGUUUUUGCCUAAACCUCCUGGUUCUGUACAAAAGAGAGGAGGUGGAGGUGGACGUGGAGCAAAAAGAGGUGGUGGACGAGGUGGUGGUAGACCAUCAUUUGGACGUGGUGGAGGUUUUGGAAAAGGAGGUGGUGGUGGUGGUUUUAAAGGACGUGGAGGAGGAGGAGGAGGAGGAUUUGGACGUAAUGACUCUGGCAGAAAUCGCGGAAGGGGAAGAUGGUAGAAAAUUAAAACUACAGAUGGAUUUUUAUAUAAAGACGUAUUAAAUGAUAAAAAUAAUAAUUUUUAAAAUACAUAGCUGAAAGAAUCAUAAUGAAAACAAUAUAUGAUUUAUUUGUAACAAUGCUGUUAAAUAUUAUUUAUCAUCCCUGUUUUUAUAAUUCAUGAUAUAAAAC